AUGCCAAAAUUAGAUCGAAAGAAUCUUUUUGUAGAAGAUAUAAAUACAAAACCUUCUAUAAUUAGAUCAUUUUGUAAUACUCAAUCUCCACGUCUAUUCUACAUUUUAUUUGGAGUUAUUAUUUUAUUCUCUAUUAUAAUUCUUGGUUUAAUUGUCACAUUAAUAAUUAAACCAAAAUCAAAGUCAAAUAGUAGUUCAAAUGAAAAACAUGAAAGUAUUUGUCUAUCGAAUGGAUGUGUUAUUGGUUCAGCUCAUCAAAAUUUAUUUACAGACUCAUUGAUAAAACCAUGUGACAAUUUUUUUAAAUAUGCAUGUGGAAAUUGGAUAAAAACACAUAAUUAUAAAUCAUUUGAAGUUGAAAAAACAAUUAUUAAUGAUAUUAUUAAUAGAAUUGAUAAUGAAAUUGAAACACUCUUAGAUGCACCAAUAUUACGAAAUAUUCCAACAUCUUGGGAAUAUAAAAUUAAGACCUAUUAUCAAGAAUGUCGCGAUGACUAUAGUCGAGUUAGUGAUGGUGGAAAUAUGAUAGCUAGUUUGAUUCAAGAUGCGUCAACAAUCAAAGGAUGGUAUUUAUUUGAUGGUGAAGAUGGUACCACAUUAAUAAAUAAUAAUCAAACACUCUAUGAACAAUUUGAACAUAUUCAAACAGAUUUAGGAGCUCAUGCCAUAUUUAGUAUAAGAACAAAAGAUGAUGAAUUUCACAAAAGUAUGAAAAGACUUGAAUUAUAUCCAAGUGGAUUAAGUAUGGAAUAUAUAAAUUAUGUUUCGAAUGAUGAUGUCUCAAAUAAGCGUAAAACUGCUUAUUUUGAAUAUAUCGUUGAAGUUCUGGCUACACUUGCUCAAGAUGCCGGUGUACAUGAUAUGUUUCUAAACCAGCGUAUACAAACAGUAGCUACUGAUGUUUUAGAUAUUGAAACACAACUGGCUUACAUUCUUCAAAAAACAACAGGUUCAAAUGGUGUUGAAGAAAAACCAUUUUUAUUAACAUUACAAGAGAUAACAAAUCAAUUUUCGUUUGAUUUUACACGAUUAAUGAAUCAGGCUUUGAUAGGACCGGUUAUUUUAGAUUCAUCAACAAAUGUUUAUGUGACGAAUCCAGGCUAUUUUAACGAUGCAUUUAAACUGUUGCAACAAAUAGAUAACAAUCGAAAAAUUCACAAUUAUAUGCGUUGGCGUUUAGUUCAAAAGUAUAUUGACGAUUUAGGUUAUCAAUAUAUACAUGCUAAUCGUGUAUUCAUUGAAAAAUUCUAUGGUUAUCCAUUACAUAUGACAAACGAAGAUUAUUGUACUCGAGAAACAAUAGAAAAAUUUCCAUUAGCUGUUAUUCGUUUAUAUUCUAAUUUUAGUUUUCAUUCAGACAAUACAGAAAUCGUAAACAAAAUAUUAGGAUAUUUAAUAGAUUCAUUGUCAAAAUAUAUAACUGACAUUUCAUGGAUGGAUGAACAAACAAAACAAAUUGCAAAUGAAAAAAUAAAACAAUUACAAAUAUCUGUUGGUUAUACAGACAUAGCUUCAAACGAUGAUAAAUUAGACGCAUUUUAUGAAAAAUUAAUGAUUACUGCAGAUUCACACUUCCAUAAUGCUCAUACCUUCGUGGAUUUUCGAAAAACGUUAUUAGCUGAUGCCUUGCUAAAUCCUGACAAACUUGAUCACUGGGAUACAUUUGAACAACGAAAAAAAUUAUUUGAUUAUGUACCAGUACUAAAUACAAUCUUUGUUAUUUCAAAAACAAUGCAACAACCACUUGUUAAUCAUCGAUGGCCUCCAUCUCUAAAUUUUGGAAGUAUCGGUGUUUUAUUAGCCGAAAAAGUUUUUUCAGUAAUCGAUGUAAUCGAAGGUAAUUCUCAUUUACCAAAUGGAACAAAUUUCGAUUGGUGGUCAACAAAUUCAUUACAAUUAUUUAACCAAAGUCGACAAUGUAUAACCAAUUAUUAUACUAACGUUAUCAAAAGUCUUUCCUAUUCUCUUAAUGGGAUACCAGUAACGGUUGAACUUAAAGGUGAACCAUUUUCUCCUAUUACUCUACGACAAAUAGGUGCAUUGAGACUAGCACAUAUGGCAUUAAACAAUUAUAUGAACAAUAAUACAGAAUAUUCAAAAAAUCAAAUAUCACCAGGCGGAAAUUUAACAACUGAUCAACAAUUUUUUCUUGCUUAUGCACAAACACAAUGUUUUAAACGAAAUGAUUUAGUUCAAAUAGUUAAAACGCAACUUGGUAUUUAUGACGAAGAAACGGCUCUCAAUACAGCACUAAAACACAUGAGUGAAUUUAAAAAUACAUUUAAUUGUUCAUCAACAGAACCAAUGAAUGCUGAAAAUAAAUGUUUUGAAACAUCAACCAGAAAAUAA